UCCUGCAUAUUUCCCCUUCUCCGUGAUUCCAAAUUCAUCUAAAUCAGUCGCUCACAAAAACGCUUUUGCUGUCACUGAGAGUGGGUUUGUUGGACUGGUUUUGCUCGAGGGCAUUCCGAAAGAAGGUACUGGCUGUCAGGAGUCAAACCUCAGACUUAUUGUUGGACUUUCUUUCUUUUGUUUUUUUUUUUUUUACAUUAUUUUCAAUAAUUCUGCGUAAAAUGCUAAAUAGUGGUAUAUAUUUUUUAAAACCGUUACAAUCGCCAAUCUUUGCUCUGAGUGAGUUUUUAGAAAAUGUAAAGUUCUUGUUCUGCAAAUGGGACAGAAAGUGCAGAAGGGUUGUUUUAAAUGUUACUGUUUAGUUGGGAAGAUAGGUCAACAAAAUAAAAGCCUUUUGGCGUUUGGGCAUUUUUGCAUUCUGAAGACAAUAUUCCAUGUCUGAUCCUUGUUUCAUAACACAUUUAAUAGGACGCAGCGCGCGCGUGCGUCUGGGGGACAAAUGUGAUGGAUGUGUUGAAUUUCUUGUGAUCAAAAGCAUGCUCAAGUCUUUGAAAUCGCGUUUUUAAUUAAGUGCAUAAUUUUAAUCGAAUAUAUGAUCGAUCAGCACCAAAUGUGCACGUUCUUUUACUAAAUAUGCGUGUAAACAAGCUGUGCAGCUCUUCAUCCGAAUACCCUUAUUUUUCCAUAAAUGAAAUUUUAAACGGGUUGUUUAGUUAAAAAUACAUAAAAAAUGCAUCGUGUUUCACAAGAUAUCCAUAAUGUGCUCGUGGGACACUGAUGUGCCUUGGAGUCCAAAAUAGGAUUUUUUGGGAGACAAACUGAUGCUUCGUUUGGGAACCUCCAAUAUCUCCAGUUUAUCCGUAGUGAUCUACGUGCUGCGUCUUUGAGCGUGAAUCUGUGCAACACGGCGGAGACAGUGAGUUGCGCGUCUUCCAUCGAUUCUUUGCGCGUCUUCCAUCGAUUCUUUGGUGUUUACAGCAUGAAUCUAAACUCCAAGCAGUGAGAGAUGGUUCCGCGUCGCAGCCGCGCCAAGCAGACGUGCGUAAAAGCGCAACGGAGCAGAUCUGAGGCGAUGUGUGCCUGACUGCUGCUGGUCUUAGUGAGAUUUUUCUUCUAACACAUGAUUGGAUCUUCCAGUUCACCGAACGACAAGCUAGCCAACCCAGAUGAUGAUGUAUCCCGAGUGAAGAUGGCUACUAACCAUGAGGCUGGAGCCAGACUUGCCCUUUGCUUCCUUCCAUCAAAAAGAAGUCUCUCUGGUGCUGCAGUCGGUGCGCGCUCUCUGAAUAUGCCAACGAAGCACAAGAAAGCUCAGCGGACUUCUUAAUGCUCUCUGUUCCAUCUGAGUAGGAGGUGGCAACAAAACUCCAAAUGCCAUGGAUGUGUUCAAUUUCACGUACUGGAAUGCCUCUGAAGGCAAUGGGACAGAAGUUGUGGAAGAGAGCGAAAGCCCCUACAAGACUGUGGAGGUAGUGUUCAUCGUGUUGGUGGCCGGUUCCCUCAGUUUGGUCACAAUCAUCGGCAAUAUCCUGGUCAUGCUUUCCAUCAAGGUCAACCGGAACCUUCAGACUGUCAACAACUAUUUUUUAUUCAGCCUGGCAUGUGCUGACUUAAUUAUUGGACUCUGCUCCAUGAACUUGUACACAGUUUAUAUAGUAAUAGGCUACUGGCCCCUGGGGCCAGUGGUGUGCGACCUGUGGCUAGCCUUGGACUAUGUUGUCAGCAAUGCCUCUGUCAUGAAUCUUCUCAUUAUAAGCUUUGACAGAUACUUCUGCGUCACCAAGCCCCUCAGCUACCCCGUAAAGAGGACCACCAAGAUGGCAGGAAUGAUGAUCGCUGCUGCCUGGGUUCUUUCUUUCAUCCUCUGGGCACCCGCUAUUCUCUUCUGGCAGUUUAUUGUUGGUGGGCGGACAGUACCUGAGAAGGAGUGCUACAUCCAGUUCUUUUCCAAUGCUGCUGUCACUUUUGGAACAGCCAUCGCCGCCUUUUACCUGCCUGUCAUUAUCAUGAUUCAGCUUUACUGGCAGAUCUCCAGAGCGAGCAAAAGCCGUGUGAAGAAGGACAACCGAAAGCCAUCUGGAGCCAAUCCAGAACCUCUUUCGCCUGGCCAAAGGAGAGAGAGCACUCCAAAACCCAACAAUAACAAUGUACCAAGGGAAGACACGGAGCAUUCCCAGAACCAGGAUGUGGAUAAUGGGGCCAAUCAGCAUGACGGAAAACUGCAGAACGGCAAAGGUCCUUCCUCCUCCAAUGCUGAGAUCAAAAACGAGGGUGACAGUGUGCAAAGGGAGAACUGUGCUCCUGCAGAGGAGAAAGAGAGCUCAAAUGACUCCACAUCUGUGAGUGCGGCCGCUUCCAAUCCGAAAGACGAAGAACCAGCACCAGCUACAGCCAACUCCAAUGCUGAGCCAAGCCAGCAACUUCCACGUCAGCGGGCCAAGGCAGGGAGCUCCAAGCUGACCUGCAUCAAGAUCAAAACCAAGUCACCCAAAGGGGACUAUUACACACCCUCGAACGCCACCGUCGAGAUCGUCCCAAGCGCGGAGCGGCAGAACCACGUUGCAAGAAAGAUUGUGAAGAUGACCAAACAGCCUCCCAACAAGAAGAAGAAAGGGGCGCCGUCACGGGAGAAAAAAGUCACCCGCACCAUCAUGGCCAUCCUGGUAGCUUUCGUGGCCACCUGGACUCCAUACAAUGUGAUGGUGCUUAUUAACACGUUUUGCUCCAGCUGCAUCCCCAACACAGUGUGGACUAUUGGUUACUGGCUGUGCUACAUAAACAGCACCAUCAAUCCAGCCUGCUACGCUCUGUGCAACGCCACCUUCAAAAAGACAUUCAAACAUCUCCUUCUCUGCCAAUAUAAAAAUAUUAGGUCAGCCAGAUAAGUACAAGCCCCCAUGGCGGAGGCACUGAAGUAUGAGUAGCAUAUUUGAGUCGUCUGUGUGUGCGUUUGUCUGUGUGUGUGUGUUGGCGUGCAUGAGUGGAGGGGGGAACGAGUGUGGGUGCGUGUGUGUGUGUUUGAAUGUGUGUUUGUCAUACAUGCGUGAGUGUUUCUGCGAAAGAGGUUGAUUUGAAUGGAAAAAAAGUGUCCAUUUUGAAAUCACUUUCUGAUUAUAUUAUUAGUUUUCCAAUUUCUCUCAAUAACCAGUUGUAGCACUUUACACUUGUUUAACUGAAGCGAGUUGCAUUAGGAGACGUUGUGCAGAUGCAGCACAGAAAAGGAAGGUUGUGCAAAACAAGACGUCUGCAGAGUGGUGACCAUAUGAGAUGAUGCACAGAAAAUACCUGGAACGACGCGGAGUUGAUUUAGGAAGGAUCUCAGAUAGAAAGCAAGAAGGAGGUCUGCGCUUUAAGGAAGAUGGGAAUUUUUCUAAAUGGGAAAAUAGGGCUGACUGAGUUUACAAACUUUGCAAGUUUGAAGUUCAGAGAAGAUAUUUGUAGAUAUUUGUACAUAAAAGUGUGUAUUCUACUUGUGUGUGCGCAUGUGGGUCUGUGCUGGCUCUGUGUUUGUGUGCACACCCACAUGUGGACCUCAGCUUGCCUUUUUGUUUGUGUGCGCUCAUUGUCUCGGCUCUUCCAACCAGCAACAUGUAGAACAAAUUGGGGCGUAGCCUUUGAUAACCCUAACCCCCAUCCAGACUGGUCGCCAUAGCAGCUAACAAAGAGCCCGGGAAACAGCUCGCACCACAUUUAUGGAACAAAGUUGCACUAGUGAUACAACGAUUUCUAAAAGAUUUGGCUUUGAAAGAUGAUUCAGCAUAAAAAGUGUUGUUUCUUUCAAAUGUGUGUCAUCAUUUCAAAUCAGAUGUGAGGAACGUUAGUGUUGUGUUUGUCAGGGCAUCCUUAUUGAUGUUUAGACUAAUAUUAAUACAAACCUAUAACUGUAUAAAAUUCAUCCUAAAUCCUUAAAUCAUCUCAUUCGUUGACUCCUAGUUUAAUUAUCUUAUAUGCUAUAAAAUGUACGAGCACGAGUUUCAAACAUUUUCUAAUUGAAGUUCAACACAUUCAGCACAGUUUCUGAACAUGCUCUAGACUAAUCACUAGUUAUCUCUAUCUCUUUAACCCUUUGAUGCAUAAUGGUCACUACAGUGGACAGGUACUCAAAAUUGUCAUUUAUUUAUUUUUGCUAUUAAGCGCAGCUGUUGAAGACUUUAUUGCAUUUGAGCCCCUCCAUUUGGACUUCAGUAAGUCAAGCCAACAUAUUUCAUGCUCAGAAUGCACGCUGUCCACUGAGGUGGACAUGUAAUAGAUUACUAGUAAAUUAUAAAAUUUUACGAAAAAUAUUUGUUGAAAUUUGUUUCAUUCACACCUAAAGAUGAAUGAAAAAAAUUGCUAAAAAAAAUCAUGGUUGAAGAUUUCAUAAUUCAUGCAUCAAAGGGUUAACAGGAUUAGUACAUUCCCUUAAGAAUGUCGAUACAUGCGCUUUGCUCUAGUACUAUACUUUAAGUACUAUUUGUGGCAAGUGCCAAUUUUACCACAGUAGUAUUAAUAAAGUAGAAAAUUAUUUAAUUGUCUAAUAAAAUACACAAUUAACCUGUCGUUUUAGUUUAAAAAUAUUUUAACUAUUAUUUUGGGGCAUUAAUAAAAUUGGAAAAUGUUUAUAUGUUUAUAGAAUUUCCCAGCAGGUAUAAAAUAUCUAUUCAUUAGAGGUCAACUUCACUAAAAUACAUUUUUCUUUAUUUAUUAUUUCUGAUUAUAAUUGGGUACUCUAAGUUUUUCAUGUAGGCUGAACAUGAAAAUAGUCUCCUACACCUUCUCCUGCUUUAGCUUCUGAUAGAAAAUAGAAGGUGAAACUCUAGGAUCUGAAGAUCUACGUCACACUGUCACUUAACUUUAUGGACUUGCCCAUCUUGGCUCACGACGAGGGUGGCUGUUGUUGGUUUAGUGUUCAGGAAACAGCAGAGAACGCCUCGCUAGUACAAGCUAACUGCUAGCAUUAGCACAUGUAUUUGUGGUGAUAAAACAUCGUUACAAAGAGUCAGUGGUAUAGUCCUGUUGCUGUUAUCCAAUCAGAAGCGAGAUGUCCAAAAUAUUAGGAAAUAACCCUGCAAACAGUCAACAUCGCAUGGACGUGCAGAUCAUGUCUAUGUUGAGUCUGUUGGUCCAGACCGCAUCUGUAGGACGUCCAAACUAGGUCUUUGCACAGUGGGACGACUCCUGAAGCUACUUUAACCUCUAGGUAAAUCUAAGUAAAGUUGACCUUUAAAACUCCCAAAUUCAUUUGAAUUACUAAAAAUUAACUAGUUUGGUCAGAUUUAUUUAAUUUUUGUUCUAGCUGGAUGAGAAGGUACCACUCAAACAUGCAGUUGCAGUUAGUCUAGUGUAGCACGGAGAUUAGAAAUCCCUGGAAAAUGAUCCACUCGCCCACCUUUUAAAAUCCACAUGCAAAUGCUUAGUAAAAAACACAUUUUCUGUGUUCUCAGAGUCUCUGUGUAAAUACCUGUCACGUACCGUUGCAAACAAACGUAACUCAUGAAACAACGAACAAACCAGACGUCGUCUGAAAGAAGAUAAAAUGGGAUGGGAUCGUUCGGUCACACUUUCAUUUGUGAUCCUCCACAGACCUCGUCACUUCAGCUCUUACUGCUGACAGGAUGUCAGGUGUGGAUUUUUGCGGCAGCUAUUAAGAUAUUUAUGUUUGCUGUCAACUUGUUCGCCACUGCAAAGACGACUCCUACUCAGUGAGUGAAACAGGAGGUUGGAGCUCAGAGCUGUCCUGUUUAUAAUGUCUGUGGGAUGGCAUUUUGCUGUGUUCGUGUGUGUGUGUGUGUGUGUGUGUGUGUGUGUGUGUGUGUGUGUGUGUGUGUGUGUGUGUGUGUGUGUGUGUGUGUGUGUGUAAAUGCUGAUGUGUGAUUGUGCACUCCAAGAGUGGAGUUUACUUCUGAUCACAGGUCACCGCCUCGUGAUUUCAAAAGGGCUAUUUGCGUGCUUGUUGUACCUCACCUUCCUUUUGUCCUCAUUAUGAGUUUAAAAUCAUCAUUGUUCAAUUGGAAGUAAUAAUUUGUGUUUGUUUCAGCAGCAGAAGUGGGUUUUCAUGCACAUCAACCAUCCUUUCUGCCUAUUAGACAAGUCUCAGUUACAUUAACAUAGCUAGCUAGUUGGAGUGAUGAAUAUGCAGCAGCAUUCGCCAUCAGGAGGUUGCCACAUAGGCUGGUAGGGGGGCUUUGCAAAGAUUUACGCCUGCACAGAAUAGCUCCUUAAGGCUGUCGGCUUUAAAGAGAGAUCUGGGGCAGAUCCUGUAAUGAAAACUCACCAUGAGGCUGAUCAGAUUAUGGGCUGAUGUGGAACACCUACAAUUGAGAUUAAAAACUGCCCAUUACACACUCAGCUUGUGCUUGCAUGCCACACCCCCAUGUCCCACUUACUGUAUUGUUCUGCUCAUUCCUUAUCUGGGCAGAGUUCUUAUAAGGUCAUGCUUGAAACAUAAAUAUCACAUGUACAUUUGUGUACCUUGCUUUGUUUUUCAUUAACAUUUACAGUUUCAUGCUCCAAAUCUCACCUCACUAUGAAACAGCACUGACGUGCAGAGCUAGUGCAGAGCAAACAGUCAUAUUUUUGUAUUCAAAAAGCACAUUUAUCCUCUGACCUUACUGGCUGGAGGAGGAAAUGAAGUCCUGACCUGGAAUUAUUGCUUUCUGAACUUUACAGCGGAUAGAGGCAGGGACGCUUUGCGCUUUUGUUUGUGCUACGAGUGAAAUUUUGAAGUAAUUGACUUUUGAAUCCAGGCAAGACGUUACAUUUUUUUGUGUGUUUAAGCUAAUGGAAAGGUAAAUAGGGCAUUGAUUUCCAUUUUAGCUCACAUUUAGCCUUAUCCUAGCUACUGACUAUUUUUUAAAUCAUUUUGAUAUUUUGUUUAUUUGAAUGCUAAAAACACAACGAUAAGAAUUACUGUCAAAAUGCCAAAGGCGCUUUGGAGAAGCCGCUCAAACUUCCUAAGUUAUACUGUUGGCUGUGUGCUGCAAAUGGCAAGCCCCCAUGAUAGUUCAAAGAACAAUUGCAUGUAACAAUUUAAAAUGAGAAAUUCCAUUUACAUCUGCAAAGUUUGUUUAGAGGUUAAUCGCAGUCGAUGCUUCUCAAAUAUGAUGGAUUUGUCAUAAUAAAGUUUUUAGUUCAGUUUGCUCUUGGGUCAUUUCUACCCCAUCAGUCAUGACAAAAAUGUUUUCAACCUGAAUAGAUAAUCUACACAAAGUAUCAAGAAAUCAACUAUUAACUCAUUCAAUGCCAUUGACGACUAAAGUCGUCAUUUUAGAUCCAACCGUUCACUGCCAAUGACGACUAAAGUCGUCAUUUGCAUUUUUUUACUGUUUGAGCAUUGGAACGAGUCCCCGCGCUGAUAGAACAAGCAUCUCAGCCCUGAAGCCGAUCUUCAUCCGCAUACGUCACAGAUCACAUGAUCAGGAAGCAGACCAUCCAUGUGUUUGGAGAUCGUUUUGGGCCGUUCCUGUAAAAAAAGUGAGGCGCGAACCGGAGAAGCAUCUGCCGAUCACAAUUCAACAACGGAUUAUGAAAGAACGGAUAAUGCUCGAAACACGCGGCUUCUUCCUGAUGUAAGAGGUGAGUCUCCUCUUUGUUUUGGUUGUUUUGGCAUCGACAUCAUGCUAGCGCGCAACGUUCUGUGACUCUUAAAAAAACAGUAAAAACGGCUAGAAACGCUGGCAGCGAAGGCCGUUAGCGAUCAGGAAACGGCUGGUGGUGAAAGAGUUAAAACAAAUGCACAAAUAGAGAAUAUGACAAGGAUCUGAAAAAAACAUCCAGGUCAAGAGUCUGUAAUAUACAUGCAAAGGAAAUAAUAAACAAGAUGUAGUGGUUAGUAAACAAAACACAGGUGUGGUCAUUCAUGAACAAAGCAGGCGUGACAACUAAUACACAACAGGCGGGUUUGGAGAUUAAUAAAUGAGAAGCAGAUAUAGUAAACAUUGACACAGAUGUGUUGUUAAUCUUUAAAAACAGGACUGAUUAUAGGAAGUUGUGUUAUGUAAACUACAAGCAGAUGUGGUGAUUAACAAACUUGGGAGACAUGGAAUUUAACAACCAAUUAACAUGUAGCAAUUAACAGAGGAGAAAUGUGCCAUUGGUAAACAAGAAACAGGUGUGGGAACGAACAAGGAAGACACAGGUGUGGUGAUUAACAAAGGAGAAACAGGUGUGGUGAUUAAUGACGGAGAAAGGUGUGACCAUUCUUGAACAAGAAGCAGAUGUGGGAAAGAGCAAACAAGAAACAGGUGUGGAAAAAAGACAAAACAGUUUGUGGUGUUUGGCAAAUGAGGAACAUUUGUGUACAUGAACAAAGCAGAGACAGACAAAUGAACAAACAAGAAACAGGUGUGGGGAAAAAACUAAACAGGUGUGGUGAUUAACAAACGAGGGACAUUUGUGUACAUGAACAAAGCAGAAACAUACGAAUGGACAAACAAGAAACAGGUGUGGAUACAAACAAACAAAACAAGUGUGGUGAUUGACAAACGAGGAGCAUUUGUGUACAUGAACAAAGCAGAAACGGGUAUGCAAAAGAACAAACAAGAAGCAAGUGCAGAAACAAACAAAGAUGAAACAGGUGUGAUUGAUGAGGUUGAUGAUUAGAUGAGGUUUGCUUGGAGUUUCAUAUACAGUAAUCUCCAACACCAGAUAAAGAACUUUUCUUGAUUUAUCAACAAUUUGACCUUUUUCUUUAUUGUUCAACUUCUUUACCUUUACAUUAAAAAGUGGCAUCUGCUUGCUUCCAUUUAGGGUAAAAGUAAAUAAGCGUUUUGACCAGGAAUACCUGCAGGAUCCCCAAAUGUGGAUUGAAUGAAGUGGUAAAACAACAUUCAGUGAAAUGUUAGCUAUGUGAUAAUGUGAUACUUUAACCAAUGUGAAACUUUGUUUGCAUCGGGAAACAAAUAACAGUGUGCCCUUUUGAAAUGUUCCCCAGAUGUUUAGUAUAUAAUAUUACAAUCCUUUGCAUUUGCUUUUUAAAUAUAGAAUUUAAAAGUGGAUGUGACUAAAAUAGGAAUGUUUCUGCCAGGGGUCAGGUCUCUGUGAGUUCAGCAUCCAGAUAUCAGUCACAUGUCCAAGUGGAGCCGCGUCUGUCUGACAUCUGUCACACAUCCCAGAAGAAAGUAAAAAGCCUUCUAAAAACAUCUGACUAAUCUUUGCCAAGCUGUUGUUUGAUGAAUACCAGCAGGGCAGUAAGUGGGUCGCAGCUCAAGCGGCAGUUCAGGGGUCAGUCUGAGCAGCUGCCUGGAUGUUUGAUAGAGGGCAAAUGCAGUUUAUCACCUGAUGGAGGGGGACGGGGGGUGCUUAAUUCAGGGACCAGUGUUCUCAUGCACCGAUUCACCCAGAAGGAGGAAAACAAAAAAAGGCACUCUUGUAUCUGAUUUGGCAGAGUUCAGGCUCAUGGCAGAACAAGAGAGUGUUGUUGGUGACAACGGAAGAGUGCAGCUGCAUGGGCGGAUCCAUCUGACGACCCCAUGGCGAGCUCUGUACAUGUGAAACAGACAAGGAUGCUUUUGUCGCUGUCAUUACAAGAAAACAGACAAGUACAUGGGCGGUGAAUGGUGUCUGUUAGAGACUAGAUCCAAGACGAUCACACAGCAGGUGGUCUGUGUUUGGAGAAGCUGCUCUAGGAAGGUCAGCCAGGAAUUCCAACAUCCCAGAUGAAACCUCUUGCCUGGCAUAAACACGGUGUGAUACAACACCCACACUCCUGCACCUUUUAUUGUCUCAUUCUGCUGUCGUGCAAACAGAAAGCAUCAUUUCCCUGCUCAUUGAUCACGACCUCAACAUUUCACGGGUCCAUUCCGACGCUCAUCCAUCCAACAGGACUAAAACAAACGUAGUCACUGUGAUAAUCAUCAGAUCGUACCGUGCCGUGAGAGCUAGAAGGGCUCCUGUUCACACGGCUUCUAUCAAAGGGCUACGCUCCUUUUGUGGAGUACAUAUGACAGGUAAUGUUUUAUCAGACGCGACGUGAAUUGGAAGGUUUCUCCGGCUCCAAGCUGAAAACGCAGCACUUUGUCUAUAUCGCUGGAUUGUACGGAGCAGUUUGACGUGCCUUAUUCAGAAUGUGAGAAACAAAUUGCUCUUUUAACCUAAAAUUCCCGGUGUGUAUUUAAAGUGGCGGCGCUGGGAAAGGCACGUAUUAAAUGUGGUGUACGUUAGGGUUAGGGAGGCUUGCUAUCCAGUCUUCCAAAAUGUUUUGUUUUCUUCAGCUCUGAGCUUCAAAUAUUCCUACUUUAGCGGCCUGAUUGUGGUGGAAAUGAGAAGUUUUGACUGAAAUCUCUGAAGUGAUUUCCUCAAUGCCUUUGGAACCAUUUAUCAUAAACAGAAGACUGUCGCAGCAGUGACAAAUUUAAAGUAACGCCAUGGUGAAACGGCGGGUUGUUUCUGUUCAUUUCUCAUUCUGUGUGCAUGUGUGUGUGUGUGUGUGUGUGUGUGUGUGUGUGUGUGUGUGUGUGUGUGUGUGUGUGUGUGUGUGUGUGUGUGUGUGUGUGUGUGUGUGUGUGUGUGUGUGUGUGUGUGUGUGUGUGUGUGUGUGUGUGUGUGUCCAUCCACAUUUGUCAGAUGGACAAUGCUGUGUCUGUCAUCAUUCGGAUCAGUGCUGUCAAUAGUUUUAAAGUGUGUGGGUGCAUGUAGCUUUCUUUUUUUUGCUCUUUUAUUCCCUAAAAUGACACAAAAUCAUCAAAUUGACCAACUUCUAGCAAUUUUCUGCAAAGAUACCCCCCCAAUUCCUGCACAUGUUUCCCACAUUUCUCUUUAUGUAGUCAGAAUUCUUCCAAAGACUCACCUAGACACAGCUCUCUGUGCCACUGGAACACAUGUCAGUACAUGAAAUUGUACAUUUUCUAUCAUGUUUUGUAAAUCUGUGUCAAUUUUCAUUGUACAGAGUGUAAACGUAGUGAUGCACAGUAUAUUAUAACCAGUGUACAGCCAGAGUUUCUUUUUACUUGUUUGAAAAUGUAACCUGUGGAUAUUAUGGAUCAUGAAAGUGUCAGACAGAAAGUAUAACUGUGUGUGUGUUUCUGGGGUUUAGGAUUUGCAAAGAACCGGAUUCUUGCAAAAAAAUAAAGGAAAAUAAAAAGACUCGACCCCAAUCCCCCCCCCCCCCCCCCCCACACACACACACACACACACAUUGAAUGCAGAAGUCCUGGAGAUUUGUAAAAUGACUUCUGCAGCCAGAGAGAGACAGAGAGAGGGGGAGAAAGGAGAAAAGACCCAAGAGGACGACAAAAGCUAAAACUCGUUUCAGCGUGGCCCAAAAGCCCAGCGGCGAGGGCUUUCGUUUUGAUUUCACCUGUAAAUUUAUGAGGCUACACCCUCACCCUGGGAAGACGCUGCUUCACUCUGUGGACACACGUUAAAACUUUGAAUUUUUUGUUUUCUAUUCUGUUUUAUUUUGGGGGAAUUUUACUAUUCUGCCUUUUUUUAAGCCACCGUGAGUGUUAAAGGAGCCGUGAUCUGAUUAAGGGUCACAAAUGAAAAAAUAUUUUUAAAAAGCAACAAAAAAAUGUUGUAGCCUGCUGCAAGUGUUAGCUGUACAUUCAAGUGUUCAUUUUCCGUUCUUCUUCUGUACUUUGGGUGUUUCGUUGUGUAUCACUUCACUGUGGCUUGUGGCUUCUAUUGCAAUAGGAAAAAAGUUAUUUACAUUGUAUAUAUCUAUAUGAGAAUACAUUAUAUGUAACAUACACUUCAUAGCUAUCUGAAUGUCCCCCCUUCAAAAUAAAAGCCCUGAUUUAUUCUGAUUAAUACAAAAUACUUCCUCAACAGUAACAUUGGUAUUGAUUUCUGUUUUGAUUAUGGAGUGUUUUUAAUCACUGGACAGCUAUUCCACUGUAAAAUAAACGGCAUUAAGUGGUUACAUUGUACCAUAACCUCUUCAAAUAAAACUAUAAGAUAUGUUUUGGAAA